CUUGGUCUGGACGAUUUCAAGCCCAGUGGGGUCUCUACUUCUUCUUCUUCUUCUUCUUCCUCUUCAUCUUCUUCUUCUUCCUCUUCCUCUUCUUCUUCGCAGCGCUGUGUGAUGAGUUUUUUACCCGUUCAGCGCUGAACAGCUGGAUUCUGCUGCAUUGGGACAAUCAAACAACUGACGGUGUGCGUUAAACAACAUUUCAUGCCGUCAGUGAUAAAUGUUGUUAUUUCCACGCUGUUCACCUGGGAGAUGACAUGAAGGCAGGUAAAUGAUGACUUCCUGCCUCCGUCCUCGACUCUGACCCAGUUUCCAGGCGGCGGUCCUGAGGGGGCUCACCAUGAACCUGCGCGGAGGAAACGUGUCUCAGUGGAUCUCUAACACCGUCAGAGCCGUCACCGCUCAGGAGUCCAACACCUGGUCUGCACGUGGGUUCGAGGAGAGCGCCCAGCGGAUCAACAACGUGACAAACUGUUACGGGAGUGACGCUCAGUUUGGGAACUGGUCUCAUAAGAACAUUGGAGGCGAGGAGGGCGGCAGGAUUUAUGGGUGUCCGCCUCUGGAAACAGUGGUGGAGAAGAACUGGGCGGCGCUGCUGAUUCUAGUCGUCAUUGCCGUCACAGUGAUGGGGAACAUCCUGGUGAUCCUGGCGGUGUCACUGGAGAAGAAGCUGCAGAACGCAACAAACUACUUCCUGAUGUCUCUGGCAGUCGCCGACAUGCUCCUCGGCAUCCUGGUCAUGCCGGUCUCCAUGGUGACCAUCCUGUACGCAGACUACAGCUGGCCGCUGCCCUCUGACCUCUGUCCCGUCUGGAUCUACCUGGACGUCCUGUUCUCUACGGCAUCCAUCAUGCACCUGUGCGCCAUCUCUCUGGACCGGUACAUCGGCAUCAGAAACCCCAUCCACCACAGCCGCUUCAACUCCCACACCAAGGCCCGCAUCAAGAUCAUGGCAGUGUGGACCAUCUCAGUGGGGAUCUCCAUGCCCAUCCCGGUGCUGGGCCUCAGAGACCACUCCAAGGUCUUCAAAGAUGGCAGCUGCUUCCUCACAGAUAACAACUUUGUGCUGGUGGGCUCCUUCGUGGCGUUCUUCGUACCCCUCACCAUCAUGGUGGUCACCUACUUCCUGACCAUCAACGCCCUGCAGAACGAGGCCACCCUCUGUUUGGACCAGCUGGUGCCGAGGCCCAAAUGGAGCACCACGUUCACCCUGAGCUUCUUACCGCAGACCUCGCUGUCCUCCGAGAAACUCUUCAGACGCUCCAUCAGCCGCGAGGCCGGCGGCAGAGGGAGCAGCAGCGGGCUGGGUGGAGCCCGGGGGAGCGUCUCCGGCUCGCUGUUCGGACGCCGCACCAUGCAGUCCAUCAGCAACGAGCAGAAGGCGUCCAAGGUCCUCGGGGUGGUGUUCUUCCUCUUCGUGGUCAUGUGGUGCCCGUUCUUCAUCACCAACGUGCUGGUGGUGGUCUGCGACCCGGCAGUGUGCGAUGCAGGACUGAUGGGAGGCCUGCUGAACGUUUUCGUGUGGGUGGGAUACUUGUCCUCCGCCGUGAACCCGCUGGUCUACACGCUGUUUAACAACACGUACCGUGCGGCGUUCCUGCGAUACAUCCGCUGUCAGUACCAGCCAGAGAAGAAGCCGCUGCAGCUCAUACUGGUCAACACCAUCCCGCCGCUGGCCUACAGCUCCACCCAGCUGCACCUGGGUGACGUCAGGAAGCUGCGAAAUGGGGAGGUGCACUCUAGUGAUGAGGAGAAGGACUCAUCUUUACCUGGACAGGAAGCAGAGACGUGUCGGCCGGACAAAAGACAAGGAGACAAGGACGAGAGCCGAGUGUGAAUAAACUCUGUUUCAAGCUUGAGCUGCAUCACGUCAGACAUCAGAGAGGCGGUUUAAAGUGCCUCACUGUCCAAUCAGAACAUACGUCUGCUGUGAUCCCAGUCUGCAGGAGAGAACACAUCACAACC